ACGCGCACUGGGCGGGACUUCCGGCGUCUCCCCUGGGCGGUCACUUUCGCUGCUCUCAGGAGAACUCAGCCUGGUAGAAGCUGAUUGUGCGCUGGGGCAACCAGCACCGGAAGGCGCGGUGGCUCCGCGUUCUGUUCUCACCGCUCAGAGGCGGGUCUGAGGCUCGGUGGCGGCACCCAGGGUGACCCGGGCCCUCUCCUCGGUUGUUGUCUCCCCUCCCGCUCUACCCACAGGCUCGGAUGGCGGCGGCCGAGCUAAGGGACCCCGCUCAGGGCUAUGUGACCUUUGAGGACGUGGCUGUCUACUUCUCCCAGGAGGAAUGGAGAUUGCUUGAUGAGACUCAGAGGCUCCUCUACCGCAAUGUGAUGCUGGAGAACUUUUCACUUCUGGCCUCUCUGGGACUUGCAUCUUCCAUGACCCAUGAUAUAACCCAGCUGGAGUCAUGGGAGGAGCCCUUCAUGCCUGCUUGGGAAGUUAUGACUUCAGCCAUACUGAGAGGUUGUUGGCAUGGAGCUGAGGCCAAGGAGGCCCCUGAGCAGACUGCUUCUGUAAAAGUGCCCAGUUCAAACGUUCAGCAACACCAGAAGCACUAUGGAGAGAAACCCUUAAAAAGACAAGAGAGCAGGGUCCCAGUUUUGAGGAGUUGCAGAGUCCACCUGUCAGAGAAGUCCUUGCAAAGCAGAGAAGUUGGGAAGGACCUCCUGACCAGCUCAGUUAUUCUCAAGCACCAGAUGACUCACACGGGAGAGAAGUCACAUAGGAGCUCCGAAAGUAAGGAGGCCUUUCAUGCUGGAAAAAGGUAUUACAAAUGCAGUGAAUGUGGGAAAGACUUUGGUCAGAAAUAUUUACUUGUUCAGCACCAGAGACUACACACUGGGGAAAAGCCUUAUGAAUGCAGUGAAUGUGGGAAGUUAUUUAGCCAUAAGUCCAACCUUUUUAUACACCAGAUAGUUCACACUGGAGAAAGGCCUUAUGGGUGUAGUGACUGUGGAAAAUCCUUUAGCCGUAAUGCUGACCUCAUUCAACAUCAGAGAGUUCACACUGGAGAAAAGCCUUUUACAUGCAGUGAAUGUGGAAAAGCUUUCAGGCAUAAUUCCACACUUGUUCAGCAUCACAGAAUCCACACUGGAGUAAGGCCUUAUGAGUGCAGUGAAUGUGGAAAAUUGUUUAGUUUCAACUCCAGCCUCAUGAAACAUCAGAGAGUUCACACUGGAGAAAGACCUUAUAAGUGCAGUGAAUGUGGAAAAUUCUAUAGCCACAAGUCCAGCCUUAUCAAUCAUUGGCGUGUUCACACUGGAGAAAGGCCUUAUGAGUGCAGCGAAUGUGGGAAGUUUUUUAGCCAAAGUUCAAGCCUCAUGCAACAUCGAAAAGUUCACACUGGAGAAAAGCCUUUUAAGUGCAAUGAAUGUGGGAGAUUCUUUAGUGAGAAUUCCAGCCUGGUUAAACAUCAGAGGGUUCACACUGGAGCAAAGCCUUAUGAGUGCAGGGAAUGUGGGAAAUUUUUUCGCCACAGCUCCAGUCUUGUUAAACAUCGAAGGAUUCACACUGGAGAAAUACAGUGAUUGUGGGAAAUCCUUUAGCCAGCAUUUCAACCUCAUUCAACACCAGAAAG